CCAUAAAAUUAAAAUGAUUUGUCAUAAACUAUCAAUAUCUUCAGCCAUUAGCAUAUAUAUAUAUAGGAAGAAUCUUUGAUUAUGCAGUAUCAUACGUUCCAAACCAGAAACACUAAAUUACAAAAGCUACAGCAUUUGAAGAAGUUAAUGGUCGGUAGAAACAUGUCAGGUACAGCCCUUAGCAAGAAGGAUCUACAACGUAUAUUCGAGAAGCUGGACAAGAAUGAGGAUGGCUUGGUUAGCCUGGAAGAACUCAAUUGCCUACUGGACGGAAUCGGGGUCCAGUUUAGCCUCCAGGAGCUGGAGCCAUUAGUGGGAAAGCCAUGUCUGAACAUGCAUGAAUUCUUGUCCUUCUGCGAUUCCAUCUCCAACCACAGCGUUAAUGGCGACAUCAUUGAAGAAGAAGAAGAAGAAGAUGAUGAUGAUGAUGAUGAAGAUGACCUGGCCAAGGCUUUCGAGGUGUUCGACUUGAAUGGGGAUGGGUUCAUUUCAUGCGAAGAGCUGGAAAGCGUGUUGGGAAGGCUUGGGUUGUGGGAUGCAAACAGUGGCAAAGAUUGCAGGAGCAUGAUUUGCUUCUACGACACCAACUUUGACGGCAUGGUUGAUUUUCAAGAGUUCAAAACCAUGAUGUUGCGCAACAUAUCUUCCUAGUUUGGUUUUCAAUAUUGUGUGUGAAAACUACCAAUGAUAUCGAUUUCCAUCUUGAGCUUAUGCAGGUCAGACCAAUUAUUAUAUUUGGUUUUUGUAACCAAAAUCUCAUGUAUUCUAUUGUUGUUUUCCACUUUUGUUCAUGGUUGUAAUAUUAAUCUCUUCCAAUUUUCCUUCCA